AUGUCACUUCAGAAGGGAACUGUCGUGUCCGUCACAACAGUCGAAUCUCCAGACGAGCAGUCACCCCUGUUAGAUGUUAUCCUCAACAUCCGCUACAAGCCAUCAUGCGCUCGGCCGCCGCGUGUUAGUGCGGCUGGCAAGUUUCUUGAGAUGGUAUGCAUGUUCACCACUCGUCUCCGCGUCCUCAGCUGCAAGUCACAGCAUCACAGCUCCAUGUCAGCAUCCUUUGAGCCGCUCUCCGAGACAGGCCGCUUCGUCAAGCUUUACGUGGAACCCAUGUUCCAUUGGUGGGGAGCAAACUUUCGCCUUCUGAUAACGCCCUGUCUCGGAACAGUCGACGUGGUCAACGCAGCUGGUGAGCGGCGGUCAGUCGUCAACGGAGCCUCGCACAAUUACGCUGGAUUAUAUGCAAUCACAGCCGAGUCUGAGGAGCUACAGCGGCUGUGCUUGGACAACCUGCCCGUUUCCGACAGUGACGCGGUUCCUCUGUUGCGGGAUUCUGUCCACGCUGCCAUCGCAGACUUCUUCAACUGUGACUUUUGCUUCACGACAAGUACUGGAUACGGCGCCAACUACGUGGCUCUACCAGCGUUGAUUGAGUCGACUCGGACAGUGGUUUUCAUGGACAGGGCAUGUCAUAACUCUAUAUUCACAGGAGUCUUUCUCGGGCGCUGCUCAGACAUACACAAAUUCAGACACAACGACAUGAUCGACCUGGAGUCGAUGUUGCAAACAUUGCCGCGCAACCUAGAUCGGGAUGUCAUCGUGGUUGUGGAAGGGUUGUACAGUAUGGAUGGAGACAUUCCUCCUCUGGGCGACCUGUGGCGUUUGAAGAGCGAGUACGGAUUCACUCUCUACUGUGACGAGGCGCACUCAUUCCUCUCCAUAGGUAGCACGGGUCUCGGUUGCUUACAACAUUGGAACGAAAACCAUUCCGCGUGGCCUGUGCCCUGGGAUUUAAUCGACAUAAGAACAGGCACUUUGUCAAAAGCAAUUGGCGGUAUCGGUGGAUUCAUCGCCGGGAAGUCUGUCUUCAAAGAGCACAUUCGGAGACACGUCGACCAGGUACAAGACAAAGACCACAUUUCUAUACCAACUUCCACGAUGGUACAGACACUCUUGGUCAUGGAACAGCCACGAAGAAUCUCGCGCAAUCUGCAUCGACUUUCCGAGAUAUCCAAGUUUUGUCGUGCCGAGCUGGAUCGCUUAGGCGUCUGUGUGUACGGAGACGAAACUGGCACUCCUAUACUUCCCGUCUGGGCUGGGAGGCCUAGUGCAUCGGCGAGGCUUUCCUUUGCCUUGCGACAAGCGGGUCUUCUCGCAAGUCCUGUCACUACACCAGCCGUCCCCUUCUGGGAAAGCCGGGUACGAGUGAACCUCUCGGCUGACUACAGCCAUGCCGACGUUGAGAAGCUAAUCAACUCGAUUGUCUCUGCUGUGGAUUCUAUCGGUCUGUCCAGACGAAGACAUGGUCCAUUCUGGGUCAAUGACUUCAAAAGCCUUCCAUCACCCGAGCAUGGAGUGUCUGACGAGGCGAGAAUAUCUUUUGCAAAAGUCAAAAGUCUCAUCGACCAGGCUUCAGUUCACUUGCAGGAAGCCCGCCAGUCGAAAGCGGCAUCUCCACAUCUCCGCCAGUAUCUAGGCGCAGGCUCUGUCGACAGUGGCCACUCAGCUAGGUCAAAGUACGGAAUCGGUGCCGGAUCUGCGCGGUGGAUCUCAGGGACCUAUCCGGUACAUCUGGCUGUUGAGCAGGCCCUUGCCCGUACCCAUGACGUUGAGGCCGCCAUGACAUACGCUGAUGCGACUAUCGGCCUCGCAUCAACCAUUGCCGCGUUGGCCCGUCCUGUCCUCGGCCGCAAAAAGCAUUACAUGCUGUGCCCACAAGCAGCGACCGGAGCCGUUCGAGAUGGAUUGUCACUUAUUCCUCCCAGUCGCAAGGAGGGCGCCAACCAGAAAACCUUGCAAUAUCGAGACGGGCAGCACCUUCUUGAGACAGUCGACCAGCUUGCUCGGCAUAAUGCUUGCUUCACCGUCAUUGUUCAUGCCCAAGAAGCUCAUGUGCUCAAAGGGCUGGCAGAGAUGGCAGGGAAACGUCCAAUAACCAUCCUUCUGCACAGCCCAUCAGGACGUCUCAAUGUUCAACAAGUGCGCACUGAUAUUUCAGCCUCCCGCAGUAACGCGGCAAACGUGCAGGUGUUAUUAUACGGCUCAUUCUACAAGAUAUUGAACGGUCUUCCGGGAGGAUAUUUAGUAGGUUCUGAAGCACUCAUUCGGGAACUGAGGUACACAAGCCGAGGAUAUAUGUAUACUACAUCGACGCCUCCAUUCGUGAUGGCCAUGAUACGUGAGGCUUUAGAAACUGUUCUUGAAACAGCAUGA